CGUCACCUGACCUGGUCCACCGACAAGCUAGGACCUUAAAAAAAAUACAAAAUAACGAAAUAAUCCAAACCGAAGCAAUACAACACUUAACCUAACAACAUUUCUGUCCUCUAACUCGUGCCCUUGAAAAGGCUUGAAAACAGACACGCCAUUAUUAUUCAACCGGACGGGAAGGAAACACGGGCGGCUUUGACCGAAUACAGACUCCGUGAUCCCGAACAGGUUCAUAGUAGAUUAAACGACGAGGACACCCUGCAGGAAAACCCUUUUAAUGUGUUUCUACGUGGUUUGAAUUUCUCAUCCGCUCGUUUUAAGCGUUUAUUCAUUGAUUUCAUUGCAAAAAAAAAACAAACAAAAAAAAAAACUAUCCAACGCAAAACUUUUUUUGGCUAGAUUGGCUUUUAUAAUACAGAUCAUAAUCAAAUGCAACAGUUUACUCUGGUAAAUUGAUUAGGCUACUUAUUCCUCAAGAGAACCCGAAAUACUCGAUAUUUCUCAGCCUUUGGGUGUUACGUAAUAGGGGCAUUACCUAGGGUGCUGAAACCAACCCCAUAGACGCCGGCAUCCACCAAUCUAAAAAAAUAUAUUUUUGAGUGUGUUUCUGAAUAUAUAUUUAGUUUUUUGUUGGCAAUCAAGAGGAGAAAUGCUCUGGCGAUUUUAAAGGGAUCGUUUGGAUUCCGUCUCUGGUGUUUUUGUCGGCGAAAAGCCUAUACAUUUCGUCUGUCCUUCCCUUUUUCCCGGUGAAGUUGAUUCGUGAGGUGGUUGUCGACUCUACGGGGAGAAAAUGUCGGGGCAGACUCUGACGGAUCGUAUCGCCGCGGCGCAGUACCAGCUCACCGGAUCCGAUGUGGCUCGCACCGUUUGCAAAGCCACCACGCACGAGGUGAUGGCGCCCAAGAAGAAGCACCUGGAUUAUCUGAUCUCAGCCACCAAUGAGACAAAUGUGAACAUCCCUCAGAUGGCUGAUACACUCUUUGAAAGAGCCACCAAUGCUAGCUGGGUGGUCGUGUUCAAAGCCCUAACCACAACUCACCACAUCUGCAUCUACGGGAAUGAAAGAUUCAUCCAGUAUUUGGCCUCAAGGACUUCUCUGUUCAAUCUCAGCAACUUUAUCGACAAAACAGGCUCCCAUGGCUAUGACAUGUCAACAUUUAUCAGACGAUACGCACGGUACCUGAAUGAGAAGGCAUAUGCCUACCGCGCUAUGGCCUUCGACUUCACUCGAGUCAAGAAGGGAGCUGAGGGUGUGAUGAGGACUAUGGCUCCUGACAAGCUCCUGAAGGCCAUGCCUGCCCUGCAGACUCAAGUGGACACACUGCUGGAGUUUGACGUUCAUCCUAAAGAUUUGAACAACGGCAUCAUGAACGCAGCGUUCAUGCUUCUCUUUAAGGAUCUGAUAAAGCUGUUUGCCUCCUACAAUGAUGGCAUCAUUAAUUUAUUAGAGAAAUAUUUCAAAAUGAAGAAGUCUGAAUGCAAGGACUCACUUGAAAUUUACAAGAGGUUUCUGACCCGAGUGACCAAGAUCUCAGAGUUCAUGAAAAUUGCCGAGCAAGUGGGAGUGGAUAAAAAUGACAUUCCUGACAUCUCUUAUGCUCCCAGCAGUAUCCUGGAAUCUCUGGAGACACAUAUGAACAGUCUAGAGGGAAAGAAAGGGGAAGGGUCACCCACAAAGGGAUCGCCCUCCAAUAAUGUGUCUCCGACCUCCACUCCCGCCAAAUCCUCUGCUGCCGUACCCACUCUGGAGCCGCCACCCACUGAGGCAGCAUCCGCUGCUGAGACUGCCACUGAUUCUCUGUUGGAUCUGGACCCGUUGUCUUCCUCUGGACCUUCUGCAGGUGGCGCAUCAGCUGCUCCCACAUCCUGGGGAGAUCUGCUGGGGUCAGAAAUAGGUUCCCUUACUACAGAGACUCUCCUUCCUGACUCAACCCCUGCCGUAGACUCCGCCUCCUCAGCCACGCCCACCACAGCUGCAGAGGCAGCCGUUUCUUUGGCUCCUCCUCCUUCCGCUGCCGGUGCUUCCUCCGGCUCAGCGGAUCUCCUCGGAGAUGUGUUUGCGGCCCCUGCAGCUGAAUCAGCUUCUGCUACAGAGGGUGGGGCCGCAGCAUCCACUCCCACCCCUGCUUCCGAGGGCACAGCUUCAACCGACUCUGCAGGUGCUACUGAGGCCAAACCAGCUGCUCCGCCCUCAGUGUCUACAGGAGGUAAUCUGAUGUCAGCCUUCGAUGGAUUUGGUGAUGUGCUCAUGCCAGCAAUGGCCCCCCAGGCAGCUGGGGCCUCCUCGCCUGUCAAACCCAUGGGAAACCUGGACUCAGUCAUGGCCAACAUGGCCAGCAAUUUGACAAUGGGAAACCAGAAACCGGGUGAAGCAGCUGGAGGGGUGAACUGGCAAGCGCAGGUACCCACUGCUAGCUGGGGCGUAACCAUGUCUGGAGCUGCUCCUAUGAUGCCCGGUUCACCGAUGAGGCCACAACUUCUUGCCGCCGGAGCCCCUGGACAACCGAUGUCUCCAGGAAUGGCUCAAAGUCCCAGGAAGCCUCCUCCUCCUAAAGACCCUCUUGCUGACCUCAAUAUCAAAGACUUUAUGUAGACGAGCAGCCGGUUUGUCACAAUUAAUGUGCGGCCCUGAUGAAAAAGAUGUGUGUACUCUCUCUUCUGUUCAUCAGAUUCAGGGCCCAGAGUCCCUCUUUUUUCUCGGUCUCUAUCCCUUCCUCUCUGUCUGUUGUUGUAGCACAAACCGUGAACGUGACGAAGUACAUGUGUGUAUGUGUGUUUGUAUUUCAAUGUUCUCAGUUACUUCAGAUCUAUAUAUUUAAAAAAUACAAUGAAAAAUGAAGAGUAAUGGAAGAUGCAUUCUUGAACAGGCAUCUGCAGGUCUCUUAACGAUAGAUGUGCAUUCAUUUUUCCUGGCUCGCUUUCCAUGGGAAAUCCAAUCAAAAGUGUGACGUUUUCUGUGGAAAAUGGUUUUUGCUGUGGUAAAUAUCACUGGGCUGAUAUAUGUCAUCAUCAUCACUCAAGUAUUAAUCAUAUUUUGAUCAUAGAACUUUUUCUGUGGUCACACAUGAACAAUUAUCAGUGUAUUACAAGUGAAGCUAGUGUCUCAUGCACUGUUUUUGUUUUUAUCAAUGCCCUAAUUUCAUUCGUUUUUCAUAUCUAUUGAUUGUGAGUUACAUGCAACAUGUGACUAAUGAAAAUACAUAUGCAUUUUAGAAUAUUUUAAUGAAAGAUUGUUUUGAAUAUCCUUAGUCUUUAUUUUGAGAUAAAAAGUUGAAUAUAUUUUAUGUAUGUCUCAAGUUUACUUUGCAUACUACAUGGCUAGUUAGUAAUCCCAUUUGUAAAAAAAAAUAAAAAAUAUCAGUCUACAUCACAAGGAACAUAGGCACUCUCUGAGCCAAUAGUCAAAUGUGCUACUCGGUGGUCAAUCCUGUGUUACGAUAAAUAAGCAUGCAAUUCCUCUGUUGUCCAAAGGAGAUGCUAUUGAUUAGAUUCUGUCAGCAGCAGGUUCACUCCAGUAGUUCAUGGUACUUCUUGAUCAUCAGUCUUAUUGAUCAAUAGGACUGAAUAUUACUGGCUGUGUAGGGUUCUGUUGCAUUGCAAUUAACUGUACUGAAAAAGUAUACCAAUUCUGUUCACUGCAAGGGAUAUCAAAGGGACAAACAGCAGCCUGUUACGACAGUAUUGCAUUUUAUUAAUGGCUGUCUUUUUUAUUAUUAUUAUUUUAUUUUGAAAAUUUCUUGAUACAUUUUAUUUUUGGCUGGAAAUACUCCCUCUGGCCUUCCCCCACUUUUGUGCAUGUUAGUCCUGUUGAAAUGCAAUAAACAGUGAGCUGAAAAGUCAAUGAGUGAUUAUUGGGUUAAGUGUCCUACAUUCAUGAAUGCUAUGAAUGGUAAUAAUUCACUUCCGAAAAAUGUACGUGCCACCACCGGGCAGGUGCCUAUGUCGCCCAUGCCUAAAUCCGCCACUGCAUACGCAUUUGUUUUAUAUGCCUAAUCAAAAUUACUCAUAUUUAUCAUGUACACCUGUCGUGGUCCGAGAGUUGCUCUUUUCUCUGUCUAAACUCCGCCCUCUCUAGGCAAUGCAUCAAUCUAAACAAUAAAUAAAUAAAUAAAUGCAUCACAUUUCAGCAUACACAGUGAUAUGACUGAAGCCAUUUGCAUUUUUUUCUAUGAAACUAUACAGAUAUUUAGAGGUGAGACUAUUAUCAAAUAAAAUUAUUUGCAUU